UGGCGCGUGGAAGAAGGUCAGCAGAAUGCGGCCCAAACCAGUGACACGUCUCUCAAAACAACACUAACUCUGCAAUCUUUCUUUCGGUCAUUUGAAAUUGAAGCCUAACAAACCAACUAAUAAACAAAGAAGAAAGAAAGAAAGAAGAAAAAUGCGAAUUGUGAGCAUGAGAAGAAGAAUCUCAGUAGGUUGGGAAUGGAAAUCAAAGGUGAGUCAGAGUCAGAGAGGCAUCGUAACGAGUUGCAGAGCGGUGGUGCUGCCUCGGUUCGGUGGGCCGGAGGUGCUGGAGGUCCGGCCCAAUGUGGAAGUACCCGAUCUCAAGCCCAAUGAGGUCCUCGUUCGCGCUCGUGCUGUCUCUGUUAAUCCACUCGAUACCAGAAUGCGAUCAGGCUAUGGUCGUUCAAUAUUUGAACCACUUCUACCUCUCAUUUUGGGUCGUGAUAUUAGUGGUGAAGUUGCAGCACUUGGAGCUUCUGUUCGGUCUCUGAUUGUUGGGCAAGAAGUUUUUGGUGCAUUGCAUCCAACUGCCAUUAGGGGUACUUAUGCUGAUUAUGCAAUUCUUUCUGAAGAUGAGCUUGCUCCAAAACCUGUAGCAAUUACACAUGUGGAGGCGAGUGCCAUUCCUUUUGCUGCACUGACGGCAUGGCGUGCUAUAAAAAGCACUGCUAGGAUAAGUGAGGGGCAAAGACUAUUAGUAAUUGGUGGUGGUGGGGCAGUAGGUUUUGCUGCAAUUCAGCUUUCGGUUGCUGCAGGCUGCCAUGUUACAACUACUUGUGGAAGUCAAAGCAUCGAUCGAUUGUUGGCAGCUGGUGCUGAGCAGGCAGUUGACUACACUGCUGAGGACCUUGAAUUGGCAAUAAAGGGAAAUUUUGAUGCUGUUUUGGACACCAUUGGUGUACCAGAGACAGAAAGAGUAGGCAUCAAUCUUUUGAAGAGAGGUGGACAUUAUAUGACCCUUCAGGGUGAGGCUGCUUCAUUGACUGAUAGGUAUGGGCUAGCUGUUGGGCUUCCAUUAGCAACAGCUGUUUUACUGAAGAAACAAAUUCAAUACCGUUGUUCUCAUGGAAUAGAAUAUUGUUGGACAUUCAUGAGGGCUGACUCAGAAGGCCUAGAUGAGAUCCGCAACCUCACUGAAGCUGGAAAGCUGAAAAUACCUGUGGAGAAAACAUUUCCCAUCGUACAGGUGAGAGAGGCUCACGAGGCUAAAGACAAGAGGUACAUUCACGGUAAAAUAGUGCUGGAACUUGACUGAAGAAUUUUCCAUGAUUUCUUAUUGACUGGAAUCUUCUUCACUAAAGCACCAUUCCAUUCAACAUUCAUUUUGGUUCGUGGAUACUGCAUUAUAGGUCCUUCCUGUAAAAUAAAUUAUUGGAUUUUGUAUAGGAGUUCAAAGUUUUGUGGGCGGAAACUAUCAAUAUGCGGUUGCCAAUCUGUAAAUGUCUCAGAAUGCUCUGCUCUGCCAAAUAUUUAUUAUCUUAUUCCGUAAUAAUCCGAAUUUCCAACUUUUAGGUUUCA